AUUUUGAUAACUAAGAAUGGCUGGCGAAGAUAGUCCUUUGCUCGGAUCCGAGUCAAGUAUUCGAGAUAAUAACAGAAGAAGAGUAGAGUAUGCCGUGAAGAUACUCGCUCUUAUCGGUGUGGUCGCCGCCGCAAUUGGAGUAUUCUUUAUUCGCGCACCAAAGAUCCAAGUAGGCUCUCCAGAAUUUCCAAGUUUGCUAGGAUUCUGCGAUCAAGUGGCUGAAGUACCAGCUAUUCAAUACCUAGAGAGACAGCAGGAACUAGCACGCACUCUGGCGGCUAACAAUGCAUCGGCUCUGAUCGCAGAAAGUGGUGCGACCAUGAAGUAUUACACCAAUGUAGACUGGGCCUUGAGCGAACGACCCUUUGUCAUGGUGUUGAAGCCAGAUAACUCAUCCAAAACCGGCGUAAGCUUGACUUUUGUGGUCCCCGCAUUCGAAGCACUUCGAGCCCACGAGAACAUCGAGAAGGCUGCUCUUCCAAGAUCUCUCAAUAUCAAAGUUGUAGAGUGGGAAGAAAGUGCUUCUCCCUAUGAGAAAAUCGGUUCCGUUUUAUCUCCCGAAGGCGAAAUUCAGUUGGAUAUUGCCAUUCGUCUCUUCCUUGCGGAAGGUAUCAGCAAGCUGACUCCUGGUCGCACGAUUAUGGCCUCGCCUGAAGUGCAAGUUUUGCGCAUGAUCAAGUCUCACGAAGAAGUGGAGAUCAUGCGAUGCGCUAACCACGCUACUGUUGCUGCUAUUAAGGAGGUCAAGAAGCAUGUUGGCAAAGGGAUCAGCGAAAAUGAAAUCGCUAGUAUGACCCACAAGGCCUUGCAAACUGCUGGUCUGACAGAGACCUGGGUGUUGGCUUUGAUUAACGAACGUGCUGCUCUUCCUCACGGUGAAGCCGGUGAUCAUAAGCUUGGAGAUGAAGGUGUUGUACUCAUUGAUGCCGGAGGCAGGCUAAAAGGAUACGAAUCGGACAUCACUCGUACAUUCUUUGUUUCGGAGAACCCGAAGGAGUUCAACGCAACGAUAUAUGAAGCAUGGCAUACUGUCAAGGCAGCCCAGUCCGCUGUCAUAGAAAAAGCUACCUUAAAUCUUCCAUGUGCUGAAGUGGAUACAAUUGCCCGACAAAUCAUCGAUAAAGCAAGUUAUGGCGAUUACUUCAAGCAUAGACUUGGCCAUGGCAUCGGUUUGGAAGGUCAUGAACAGCCCUACAUGGUGCAAAGUAACACUCAGCAGUCACUCAAGUCUGGCAUGACCUUCAGUGUUGAACCUGGUAUUUAUGUACCCCAUCAAUUUGGUAUUCGACUGGAAGAUAUUGUUGUCAUGACGAAGAAUGGCAUUGAACUCUUGAGUGGAGGAUUGGCUAACUCACCUUGGGAAUUAUAAAUAAAUACAUUUUGAGUGUAUUUUUAUAUGAAUUUCAUAAACUAUGAAUUGGGUUUACCAUUGCGU